UGACAGAGUGAGACCAUAUCUCAAAAAAAAAAAAAAUCCCCAAUGGUUAUGUAGACCAGAGACUAACAAGAAAUAAUAUUUUUAUUUUCUUUCAGGAGUUACAGGUACAUUACAAUUUGAGAGGGGAACUAGAUUUUGAUGAAAGUUCGUAAUUUAUUCCAGUACAAUAGAACAAAUUAGUAUUUUUGUAAUAGAAUGUAAAUUUUCCAAGAACAAGAAUUUUUAUGUUUCAUUUACUGUAUUACCCCAAGAAGCUACAGGUAAAUACUUAAUAAAUGAAUUUGCCUGGAGCAGUUUUGUGUACUGAACUUUCACCUUUAGAAUGAAGAUGAAUAUAGAUACAGACAUUACUUUUGCUGUCAGAACUAUUGUUAGCUACCUGAACAAGACCUCAUAAUAGGCGGGGGGAAAGGGAGUAUAUAACAGGCCAUGACCUAAAAGGCCUGCUUUGAAAUGAAAAUUACCUGAAGUUGUAAAGCAGAACGCUUGGUGGCGCUGCAGGCUAAGAGAGUGAAAAACGGCAGAAUCAGUGUCUCGUAAAAAGCUGUGCGGGUUUUCUGGCAGCUCGAAAAGGAAAUAUUUUUUCACUCCUGGAGAUAGAAGGUUUCCAAGAGGCAGCCGUCCCAUGUCGGUCAAUGUUAAAAAGAACUAACUCAAGAUAUUUAAAUGAAGAUAGCUGAGUUGGCUGUAAAGCAAUUAUUUUGUGAUUAGAUACUGCAUCUUUUGAGAAAUGGUGGAGACGCGGCUCCCCAAAGCGCCAGAGAAAAGGCAAGUGACUGCCAUUAUCUUCUUAUUACUACUGUGGGAGGCGGGCAGCGCUAGCAUUAAGUAUUCAGUCCUAGAAGAGAGGGACAGCGGCUCUUUUGUGGCCAACCUAGCAAAAGAUCUGGGGCUGGGUGUAGGGGAGCUGGCUGCGAGGGGCGCCCGGAUUCUUUCCAAAGGAAACAAACAGUAUUUGCAGCUCGAACGGAAGAGUGGGAAUUUGCUCCUAAAAGAAAAAUUGGACAGGGAGGAGUUGUGCGGUGACACAGAUCCAUGUAUACUGCAUUUCAAGGUGUUACUGAAAAAUCCGGUGCAGUUUAUUCAAGGUGAACUACAGCUCCAAGAUGUAAAUGACCAUGCCCCAGAAUUCUUGGAAAAUGAAAUCCUCCUGAAAAUCCCUGAAGGCCGCCAUCCAGGGACUUCAUUUCCUUUGAAAAUAGCUCAAGAUUUGGACGUAGGUAGCAACACAGUUCAGAAAUACACAAUUAGCACCAACUCCUAUUUCCACCUUUUCACUCGCAAUCACAGCGACGGCAAGAAAUACCCAGAGCUGGUGCUGGACCAAGCGCUGGACCGCGAGGAGCAGACCCAGCUCAGGUUAACCCUCACAGCGCUGGAUGGUGGGUCACCGCCCAGAACUGGGACUUCCCAGGUUCUCAUAGUGAUUGUAGAUAUCAAUGACAACGCCCCUGAAUUUGCUCAGCGGCUCUACGAGGUGCAGGUCCCAGAGAACACCCCUAUAGGUUCCCUUGUCGUUACUGUCUCUGCUACAGAUUUAGAUGCUGGGACCCACGGGGAGCUCUCCUACUCAUUUUUUCAAUACUCAAAUCAAAUCAUUCAGGCUUUUGAAAUAAACUCAAUCACAGGAGAAAUUAGAUUAAAAAAGAUGUUGGAUUUUGAGGAAAUUCAAUCUUACCAUGUGGAAGUUGAGGCCUCAGACGGCGGGGGUCUUUCAGAAAAAUGCACGGUAGCCAUAGAAGUGAUGGAUAUAAACGACAACGCCCCGGAACUGACCAUGUCCUUACUCCUCAGUGAUAUUCCAGAAAACUCCCCAGAAACUGUGGUCGCUGUUUUCGGAAUUUCGGAUCCCGACUCCGGGAACAAUGGAAAAAUAAUGUGUUCCAUCCAAGACCAUCUUCCUUUCCUUCUAAAACCUACCGUAGAAAAUUUCUACACCUUGUUAACAGAAGGAGCACUAGACAGAGAGCGCAGGGCCGACUACAACAUCACAAUCACUGUCACAGACUUGGGGACACCCAGGCUGAAAACCCAGCAGAGCAUAACCGUGCGGGUCUCCGACGUCAAUGACAACGCCCCCGCCUUCACAAAAACCUCCUACACCCUCUUCGUCCGCGAGAACAACAGCCCC